AAGAUGAAAGCGGACUCGAUCAAUUAAGACUGAAAUUCAUUUUGAGAAAUAUUUGUAUAUUGUAUUAUGGCUAUGCUACUGAGGCUAAGUUUGUGUGUUUUUCUGAUUUUGGUGGGAGAGGACUUGCUGGUGAAUGGCAACGUUGUGGUGACCCUAAAUCUACUGAGUUAUUCAAAUAAUGUAAAUAAGUAUGAAGUAAAAGAAGGGAAAACUAAAAUACAGUAUUGCUGCGGGACAGACACAAUUGUGAAGGAUCCUAGCCAGAGAUGUUUAAAUUCUUGUAAUCCGUCAAUAGAAGUCAAUUUGCGAUCUGGGAAAGGUGGACCUAUCAUCAGUUCAUUGGAGAGUAGAUCUCUUGGAAAGACUACGAAUCUCGACUUUCAGAACGUCACAGUUAUUGGCACACUCCAGAACCCGAUAAAAAUAGAUAUCCAAAACUGGACGAACAAUAGUUUUGUUGAAUUUUUGAUCUAUGACGGUGACAACAGAAAUCAUACUCUGGCUCAGGAAUUUUUCCAAAUUGUGCAUGCCAAUGUCUUAAAUUCAAAUGCGACGCUGCUUUACAAUACUCUGACCAGGGUAAACAUGAUUAUAACAGUUGAGUGUGAUCCACAAUUCUAUGGCUCGGAUUGUUCUCAUCGAUGUUUAUUUCACGUAAACAGUAGUCACGGAAGAUGUAAUAUGUCGGGUAAAAUGGUGUGUGAAGACCAUUAUUUCGGGCCUAAAUGCAAUAUAUUCUGCACUGACAAAAACAAUGGAACGUGUAAUGAUUAUGGAAAACUCAUCUGCAAUACUCACUUUUUUGGCAAUGAGUGUUCCAGGUAUUGUGUCGAUACAGAUCAUGGGAAUUGUUCUACAGCUGGGUUUCUACACUGUCAGAAUGGAUAUACUGGACAGAAUUGUGAGAGCAAAAUUCCCGAAUGCAUGAAAGCACCUUGUGAAAACGGAGGCACGUGCAUAGAUUUGACGGACGGGAAUUAUAACUGUAGUUGUCCCCCUGGAUGGACUGGAAGAAAGUGUGAAAAUGACAUUGACGAAUGUUCUAUGCAUAUUUGUCAAAACAACAGCACGUGCACAAAUCUCAACGGAACAUUUCAGUGCGCGUGUUUAGCAGGUUGGUAUGGUGAGAAGUGUAAUGCGGACAUUGAUGAAUGUUCAGUCAACCUUCCUUGUCAAAAUGGAGGAUCGUGCUACAACAUAAAAGGCGGCUAUAAAUGUAUAUGUCUUACUAACUGGAAAGGUGAAAACUGCACCGAUGAUGUUAAUGAAUGUCUUCAGAAUGCAUGCCAUAGUCACGGAAAUUGUUCAAAUAGCCCUGGAACUUAUUCAUGCUCCUGCUAUCCAGGCUGGAACGGAACUGGUUGCGAUGCAGAUGUUAACGAAUGUUCUGUGUACAAUCCCUGCUCUAAUGGAGGGUCUUGCCAAAAUAAUCCAGGAUCUUACAGUUGUUCCUGUUCUUCAAACUGGGAAGGCGUAAACUGCGAACAAGACGUGAAUGAAUGUUUGCAUACGAAGAUAUGCAAUGAUCGUGGUAAUUGUACAAACUCUGCUGGAAGCUUCCAAUGCACUUGUAAUGCCGGAUAUCAAGGUGAUCAGUGUCAAGAAGACAUUAAUGAAUGUCAUCAGAAUGAAGCAUGUCUUAAUGGCGGUACUUGUACAAAUACGUUUGGUUCUUACGUAUGCAUUUGUCCCCCAAAUUGGACAGGAUUGAAAUGUGGUGAAGACUUUGAUGAAUGUUCUCAAAAUAUUUGCAACAACAAUGGAAACUGCACUAAUCUUGAUGGAAGUUUUCGAUGCGACUGUUUUUCAGGUUGGAAAGGUGUGGAAUGUGAAAAUAAUGUAAAUGAAUGUAAAAAUCAUGUUUGUCGUAAUGGAGGGACAUGCGUUGAUAAUCCGGGUAGUUAUAAGUGUGUUUGCCCGCCAUAUUGGACAGGAACUGCUUGUGAACAAGACGUAAAUGAAUGCCAAACUGGCGUUUGUACUCAUGCUUCUCAAUGUAGCAACAGCCCGGGAUCGUUCAAUUGCACAUGCCAGAAAGGAUGGGUGGGUAGGGCAUGCGAUAAUGACUUGAACGAAUGUUCCUUUCCAAAUUUUUGUUCGCCGCAGAACAGUUUAAGCUGCAUCAAUACAGAUGGCAGUUAUUCGUGUCACUGUAGACCAGGAUGGGGAAACGCAGACUGCACAGACGAUGUAAAUGAAUGCGAACUAAACAUGCUGAAUUGUGAAAAUGGUGGGACUUGUAUGAAUACUCGUGGCAGUGCCCAUUGCAGCUGUCCCUCUAGUUGGACAGGCAAACAUUGCGAGGAAGAUGUGAAUGAAUGCAAUAACGGUGUUUGUCUCCAAGCAUCGACUUGUCAUAAUUUUGCUGGCGGAUAUAAUUGCACCUGCAUUAAGGGUUGGAGAGGACGAAAUUGUGAGAUUGACAUUAAUGAAUGUCAGGAGAACUUGUGUAAAAACGCAAAAUCUUGUCUAAAUUCCGAGGGAUCAUUUCAUUGUGUAUGUUUGUACGGGUGGAGUGGUUUAAAAUGUGACCAAGAUAUAAAUGAAUGUGAACAUGAGAAGUGCUCCGGAUUCGGAAUGUGUGUCAAUACUGAAGGAUCCUACAUGUGUAACUGUCAGGAAGGACAUUCAGGAAGAUCUUGUGAAAUAAUGCAAGGAAAAUCCACCGUUGGGUUAAACGGAGCAGAAAAGAUCCUACUUGAAUUUGAUGGACAUCUCACAGAAACGAAUGUCAACAAGAUAGUAAAUUCAUUGAAUGUGUUGGUUUCUUCAAUAUGCCAUGACGUCAACAUAAUUUUAAACGACCAUGUCUUAUCAUACAGCAAUGGGAAAACAGACUUUCAAGUUCCAGUAAUAUGUGAUGGAAAACCACUGAAGCGCGAGCGUUUCGAGAUAAAGCUAAAAGAAAUGUCCACUGAGCAGCUGAAAGCAGCUUUCCCGUUUGAACUCUCUCGACUAAAGACAGACAGUGGAGGAAAGAAUGGGCAUUGGAUAUCGCAGAAUAUUCCUCUGUUGGCUGGCGUUGGGGGUGGUGUACUUCUUGUGGUCAUCAUUAUCAUUGUCGCGGUCAAACUCAAAAGGCGUAAUGGGCGCCACAAUAAAGACUCUAAUAUGGAUGGAAACGAUUAUUUGACGAUGGAUGACAGUUCUAACCAGCAUUCUGCAGUGACAAAGGAAAAUCCCAUAUACUUCUUAACUAACAUGGAUGAAGACGAUGAUACGCACGUAUAGAAUGGCGUGUUAUGUAGAACCCUCAGUCGUAAAGAGGCUGGUUGAUCUGAAUAUUAGACAAUUUCCAUGGAGACGAUUUCUUGAUUUUGUCGCCGAUGUGUGAACUGUGUGAAAUAUAUACGUUAUCAGCCCAGAAUUCAAGAAUAGACAGGUGGUACUAGUAAUGCUGCUUUCAAUGGAAAUUCAGUAGCCAAUAAUUAACGUGUGAUUUCUAGAGAAACUGGGUGUGAUGAAUUAUGAGAAAAUACCCAGAGUUACGUCUUCAGAGGACUUUACUGCGUGCGUCUUGGUCUAUUGAGCUCCCCAAACAGUUCAUCGAACCAUAUUGAAGUUGAAAUUCACAGAAAUGUAAAUGUCCAUGCAUGGACACAUUUACCUGCAUUCCUUUUUUCUUUUUUGUUUUACAUUGUAAUAAUUGGUGGACAUAGGAAGCAUGUAAUAGGUCUGUCUGUAUACAGUUAAACACUGCAAGAUUGUGAGACAUUCCAGCAUAAAUAUCAAAUACUAAUGUUGUUAAAAAUGUUUGCUCAGCUUUUUGAUUCCUUAAACAAAAAUACAUAUAUGAUACUGCUUUAUUCUGUUCUUAUGUGUAGGAUAAAAGUUGAAGGUAAGAAAGGUAUCUAGUUAUCUUAACAUUUUAGCCAUGUAUAUUUUUAAAUGCAUUAAGAUCUUUCCUAUGGUGUACUUUGCUGUGUACGGGCAUAAUUAUAUUCAUCUCUUUUUCUUGGUCAAAUAAAGUUUGUGUUUGGUAAA